AUGUCGCAGUUCCGCGACACCUUCACGAAGGAGGAGCAGAGCGAGCCUCUGUUGGACUACGACGAUAGCGCGUUCAUGUUUUACCUGUGCACAGUGUCCUUUUGCACCGUGCUCCCCUGGACCUUUUUCUCGCUGAAGAAGGUUUUGUACCCGAGCUCGUACGCGAAGCAGUACCCGGAGAAGACGCGGAAAGGGUCGGUGUACAUCCACUGCAAGUGCUCAGAGUGCAUGAGCAAGCGCGAACGCGAGAGUGCGCGGGCGGGCAAAUGGUCCCAGCGCUGGUUCGGCGGAUACGCCUGGAUCGAGAAGCUUGCCCUCGUGCUCGCGUGGAUUGCGCUGCUCUACCUCUGCGUAAAUCUCCCCGAAAUGAAAAACCUCAAGACUUUUGACCCUUUUGAAAUCCUGCAAGUCGAGCCGAGCGCGACAAACCGAGAAAUCAAAAAGGCGUACCGCCUCAUGUCGCUCAAGUACCACCCCGACAAGAACGUCAAUGACCCGACGAGCGCUGCGAAAUUCAUUCUCGUCGCCAAGGCGUACCAAGCCCUCACGGACCCCGUUGCGAAGGCGAACUACGAGAAGUACGGGAACCCAGAUGGCGCCGGCAACAUGAAAGUCGGGAUGGGUCUUCCGCGCUUCCUGGUCGAGGAGAAAUAUCAACUGCUUGUUCUCUCUUGUUUUUUCCUCUUCCUUCUCGUUCUCCUUCCUAUGGUUUUCAUCUGCUAUUACCAAAGACAAAAGAAAUAUGCCCCGAACGGCGUAUUGGUGGAAACGCUGCAGUUCCUCACGCACUACAUGGCGGAAGGCAGUCGCCUGAAGAAUUUCCCCGAGUACCUCAGUGCGUCGGGAGAGAGCCGCGCGAUGCAGGUGGAGAAGGAGGACGACGUGGAAAUGAGGGAACUCAUUGACCAGGCGAUAGAGCCGAAGAAGCGGGCGCUCAACACGCCAAUCAUUGUCAGGAAUUACUACCUUAUUCUGGGGCACAUGCAGCGGCUGCACCAUCUCAUGAGCGACCGUCUCCGUGGCGCCUUGGAUGAGCUGCUGAAGGGCAAACAUGCGGCUCGCGAGUUGGGGGAUUUCUUGAAGCAAGAUCCUGAAGAGCGCAAAGGCAUGGUGGACAUGAACGCGGACCAGCAGCUGGACAUCCAAGCCUUUUGCCACCAAGUUUCGCGGAUGAAGAUGGAAGCUACUGUCUUCGUCGAAGAUGAGGCGGAGAUCGUUGCCGGCGACUUCGCCACCUGCCACGUCACGCUAACACGAACCAAUUUGAAGGAAGGCGAGGCGGCUGGCGCGGUGCAUGCACCCCUGAUCCCGAUGGCCAAGUACGAGGAGUGGUGGAUUUUCCUCGUGGACAAAACGGAGAAUGCCUCGACAGGAGGCCGCAUUCUGAACUUUGUUCGGUCCAAGUCCGCCGAGCGAGUCGUGGAGGAAAGGAUUCAGUUCCGCGUCAACCGCGUGGGAAAGCAGAGCGUCACCGUUCUGGCGAUUUGCGACUCGUAUGCGGGCUGCGACUGCGCCCUGGAGCUCGAAUUCAAAGCUUACCACCCCGAAGAAAAGCCGCGACCUGUUUGGAUUCAUCCGGAGGAUCUCCGCCUGGAUGAAGAACCGACGCUUUUCCAGCAGAUGCUCGGAGAAAUGUACACCUCGAGUGACGAAGAGGAGAGCUUCGACUUGGAUGAAGGCCAGCGCGUGGCUGUGAAGAAGAAGACGCAAGAAGCGAGUGAAACGCCGGGAACGAGUGCAGAAGGCAACUCUCAGGCGACAGCACAAGGAGCAUCCUCCACAGCUCCAAGUGAAAAAAAUGAACCGGCCGGCAGUCAGGCCGAAGACAAGACUGGAGCAGCGUGA